UACCAUCAGAAGAUCGCGAUAUCUGUGCACGCACAUUGGCGAGCUUUACGAUUCGCGGAGCUUCUUGAAAACACUUUCUGUGUUACCUUCGCCUUACAUAUAAUGUUAAUUACCGUUGGGAUGAGCAUUUCGUUGCUGCAACUCGCGAUGCAGUUAAACGAAGUUUUAGAAGCGAUAAGAUACACGUUAUACAUCGUUAUUCAAGUGAUCCACUUGUUCUACUUCAGUGUACAAGGCCAGAAACUGAUCGAUCACAGCGUGCAUAUGCGCGACAAGAUAUAUAACUCUUCUUGGUACAACAUACCCGCGAAGCCGCAGAGGCUGCUCCUGUACGUGAUGCGACGGAGCAUGCAACCGAAUUUUUUGACCGCCGGCAAGAAUUACGUGUUUUCUAUGAAGAGCUUCACCACGGUGGUACAGACUUCGGUAUCGUAUUUUACCGUACUUACGUCAGUUGCAUCCUUCCAGUAA